AUGCGUCGGCCGAUAGCAUUGGGCCUUCUGCUGUGCUUUUCGGGCACCCGAGCCAGCUACGUGCCCUGGCUUGAUAAGUCGGAAUACUGCGUCCAGGCGUGUGGCGUCAUCUACGGAAAAGUAUGGUUUGACUCGCAAAACCCUCUUUCGCUGCCAUGCAGAGGCAUGAACGCGAUCAAAUCUUUCUUCUACUGCGCAGCAAAACAUUGUACAGCCGCAGAGAUUGAGGAAGGCCUGGAGGCAGCAAAUGCGAGCUGUAUAGCACAAGGUCCGGCUCUGCCCAGCUACGAAGCUUUUCGAUCGAAUCCCAAGGCCACACCUCUUGCCAAUGUCACCAUCAUCUCUGCCAAGGAUGCUAAGAAGACGAACUUCACGGAGCCAGUGCUACCUUCCGAGGAAUGGUUCAGCCUGGCUUACAGGUCAACGACCGUCAGAGAGCGCUCUUUCAUGUUCAACUUCAGCUUCUCCUUCGCACUUUAUGCAUACUGGGCGAUGGUGUUCCUGGUGGGAAAUCUAUGGCGGACUAAGACCGAGCUCAAAACAGAACUUCAACCUUUUCUCCUUCGACCACUGAAGAGCGGCAGCAGACAUCAUAUGGCCGCGACCAGAGCAGAAGCAUUGGCCAUAUUCGGUCAUCUUGCUCUGGCUUUCAUCUUCUGCUUUGUCGGCUACGAGGACGUAUCAGGCAACAUUUAUGUUCCUGAUCACAAGUUGAAUCUGGGAAAGCUUAUCUCGAACCGGCUUGGGACACUCGCUCUGGCACAUAUUCCACUCGUAUGGAUCUUCGCUGCAAGAAACAACCCGUUGCUCUGGUUGAUGUCUUGGCCGUAUGAUGCAUUCAGCCAAUUUCACCGAUGGAUCGGCCGCAUGCUUGCUGUGAUCGCCCUCGGACAUGCCAUUGGAUAUACUAUUGUUCGCCAUAAACAAGGCACCUAUCACGAAAUGUGGAGUGAAGCAUACUGGCACUAUGGUAUUGCGACCCUCGCUUUUAUUUGUACAAUGGUCGCACUCUCGAACUUCUUGUUCCGGAGAAAGGCGUACGACACAUUUCUGCUUGCCCACAUCGUGCUUGCCAUCACAAUAUUGCCCAUGCUAUGGAUGCAUUAUGAUAUCCUGGACGACAAAAGCGCCUAUCGUGGCUUCCUGUGGCCGGCGAUUGUGAUUUGGAUCUUCGACCGGCUGCUGCGAAUUGCACGUCUAGGCUAUAUUCAUCUUCGUAGUACUAAACCGUCGAGCAAUCCAGCUAUUAUUUCUGGCACACAAGGAUCAGAGCUUCUGCGAAUCGAAGUGACCGACCUUCUCCCGGCCUCAGAAUUCCCACUUGCUGGACGUUACUAUUUCUUGUACGAGCCUGGCAGACUGCGCGGUUAUGAAAGUCACCCGUUCACAAUAUGCUCCUGGGUUGAAAAGAGAGCAGACACAGCACAGCCCAAUGACAAAGCUCCCGAGGCAAAAAUCCGCGAAAUCACUUCAGAUGAAAUCGCUAAACAAGAAUCAGUGGCACCGAGGCCCCAAGUCUUAGCGAAGAACAUGCGGCACACGUUUCUCAUACGUCCUCAAAAUGGCUUCACUCGCCAUUUGCAGGCGAGGCUGUCUGCUCCAUCGCCCAACACGCACGAAGAAGGAGAUGGGAGUAUAGUCAUCACUCGUCCGCUACGGCUCCUGUUAGAAGGACCAUACGGACACCGCCCUGCUCUGGGAGACUUCAAAUCUAUAGUCCUCUUCAUCGGCGGUUCAGGCAUCACAGCAGCAGUGUCACAAAUUUACUCGUUACUCCAAGCUGCUACGACGCCAAGCAUACAUUUGGUCUGGGCCGUGCGUAAAAGAGCUACGAGCGACGAUGUCUGUUCCCACGAGCUUAAAAGCGCUCUCGCCCAUCCCCAAUUCAAGCUCGAUCUCUACCUGACCGGUGAUACGCCGCAAACCGCGGAUUUGGAGAAGACUACUCUUCCUACCGAGCCUCAAUAUAAACAGUUUCCUGGACGACCAGAUAUUGAAGCUAUUGUGCAAAAAGAAGCGAGACAAGUGAAUGGCAAGCUUGCGGUCUUCUGUUGUGGACCUUCGGGUUUGGAAGUCAGUUGUAGAAAGGCCGUGGCGAGUGCGAUGGUUGAGAAGAAGGACAUCGGGAUACAUGUAGAGCGAUUUGGGUGGUAG